UCGCUUUUCCGGUUUACGGUUACCAAGGGAGACGCAGGGAAGCUACAACCUCUGAGUAUGGAAGUCUACCAACACAGCGAACAUAAGGUUUGCUUAAAUUCAUAGCCAAAUGAUGUGUUAACCAUCGGUUUCAAACAUUUACACCCCACCUGGUCACCGAAUUUGGCUGCAUCGGCAUCUGGUCUUUGCUGCUUGCUAAAAUAGCCGCCUAGCGUUGUUAGCUAAUCAGUUAGCUUAUCAAACGGUGUUUGAGGCCUAACUUUAGCUAUUUAAUAGAUGUAGCAUCUUAACUAAAGCUAACAUUACUGCGCUGACAGUUAACGUUGGGUAGGAGGUCUGUGCAUCCGUCACGAUGUUCAUCUACCUCAGCAAGAAGAUCGCCAUCCCCAACAAUAUUCAUCUGAAAUGUGUGUCCUGGAACAAAGAUCAAGGCUUUAUUGCAUGUGGAGGGGACGACGGUCACCUGAGAGUGCUGAAGCUGGAGACGCAAACAGAUGACACCAAACUUAAAGGACUUGCUGCACCCAGUAAUCUGUCAAUGAACCAGACUCUAGAUGGACACAGUGGUGCAGUGCAAGUUGUUACAUGGAAUGAACAAUACCAAAAGCUGACAACCAGCGAUCAGAAUGGACUCAUCAUAGUAUGGAUGCUCUACAAAGGCUCAUGGUAUGAGGAGAUGAUUAACAACAGGAACAAAUCGGUGGUGCGGAGCAUGAGCUGGAACGCUGAUGGCCAGAAGAUUUGCAUUGUGUAUGAGGACGGGGCAGUCAUUGUUGGAUCUGUAGAUGGUAACCGGAUUUGGGGAAAGGAGCUGAAGGGCAUUCAGCUUGCCCAUGUGGCAUGGUCGCCAGACAGCAAGAUCCUCCUCUUUGGCAUGGCCAAUGGGGAAGUACACAUCUAUAACAAUCAAGGAAAUUUCAUAAUGAAAAUGACCAUCAGCUGUCUCAGUAAUGUGACUGGAGCCAUCAGUAUAGCAGGUAUUCACUGGUACGCAGGAACAGAGGGCUACGUCGAGCCAGACUGUCCAUGCCUCGCCAUCUGUUUCGACAACGGAAGAUGCCAGAUCAUGCGUUUUGAGAAUGAUGAAAACCCAGUGUACAUCGAUACUCUGAUGAACGUGGUCAGUAUCCAGUGGAACCAGUGUGGCAGCAUGCUGGCAGUGGCAGGUUCCCUGAAAAGCGCCAAUAUGGAGAAAGAAAUCAAUGUAGUGCAAUUCUACACACCUUUUGGAGAGCAACUGAGAACUCUAAAAGUACCUGGAAAGCAGAUGACAGGAGUUGCCUGGGAGGGAGGAGGACUGCGCAUUUGCCUGGCAGUGGACUCCUACAUCUACUUUGCCAACAUAAGACCAGAUUACAAGUGGGGCUACUGCUGUAGCACAGUGGUAUAUGCCUUCACAAAGCCAGAGCGGCAGGAGUACUGUGUGGUUUUCUGGGACACCAAGAGCGAUGAGAAGUUUGUCAAAUAUGUCAAGAGCUUGAUGUCCAUCACCACCUCAGGAGAUUUCUGCAUCUUGGCCACCAAGGCAGACGAGAACCACCCUCAGUAUGUGCUGGUUCUGUGUAACUCCAUCGGAACUCCGCUGGAUUCCAAGUACAUUGACAUUGAUCCGCUUUUUGUCACCAUGACGAAGACGCAUGUGAUUGCUGCGUCUAAGGAGGCUUUCUACACGUGGCAGUACCGCGUGGCAAAGAAAUUAACUGCGCUGGAAAUCAACCAAGUCACAAGAACUAGGAAGGAGGGAAGAGAGAGGGUCUAUCACAUUGACAGCACUCCAUCAGGAGCCAACGAGGGUGGUCUGGAUUUUGCAAAAGCCUUCACAGCAACACGAGAUCCCAUCUGUUGUAUCACAGCAACAGAUAAGACACUGAUAGUGGGCCGUGAAUCUGGCACUAUCCACAGAUACAGCCUGCCUAAUGUGGUCCUCAUCCAGAAAUACACUUUGAACAACAGAGCCUACUAUCUCUCCUUGAACUGCAACUCCAGCCGUCUGGCGAUAAUUGACAUCGCGGGUGUGCUGAGCUUGUUGGACCUGGAAGUUCGCACCUCCUCAGCCGAUAGCUCUGGGAGCCAGGCGUCUGCCGGGGAUCCAUCUAAGUUUGAACGCAAGGACGUUUGGGACAUGAAGUGGGCGAAUGACAACCCCGAUCUGUUCGCCAUGAUGGAGAAAACCAGGAUGUACGUCUUCAGGAACCUAGACCCAGAGGAACCUAUCCAAACAUCAGGAUAUAUUUGCAAUUUUGAGGACCUGGAAAUCAAAUCUGUUCUGCUUGAUGAAAUAAUGAAGGAUCCUGAGAGGCCUAACAAGGACAACCUGAUAAAGUUUGAGAUCCGCUCCCUGAGAGACAGUCGUGCCCUCAUCGAGAAAGUGGGGAUCGAAGACGCCUCGCAGUUCAUUGAAGACAACCCCCAUCCAAGACUCUGGCGUCUCCUGGCUGAGGCAGCCCUCCAGAAACUGGAUCUUAAGACGGCUGAGCAGGCCUUUGUUCGCUGCAAAGACUACCAGGGCAUUGAGUUUGUCAAGCGCCUGGGCAACCUGCAGAGCGAGGCCAUGAAACAGGCAGAAGUGGCGGCUUACUUCAGCAGAUUUGAGGAAGCUGAAAGGAUGUACCUGGACAUGGAUCGCAGGGACCUUGCUAUAAGCCUCAGGAUCAAGCUGGGGGACUGGUUCCGGGUGCUCCAGCUGCUCAAGACUGGAUCUGGGGACUGUGAUGAUGCACUGCUGGAACAAGCUUACAAUGCAAUUGGAGACUACUUUGCUGACAGACAGAAGUGGAUCAAUGCAGUCCAGUACUACCUUCAAGGUCGCAAUCAUGAGAGGUUGGCAGAAUGCUACUACAUGUUAGAGGACUACGACAGCCUUGAGAGGCUGACUAGCACGCUACCAGAGAAUCAUAAACUUCUGCCGGACAUUGGACAGAUGUUUGUCACUGUGGGUAUGUGUGAGCAGGCUGUGAACGCCUACCUGAAAUGCAACCAGCCCAAAGCUGCUGUUGACGCCUGCGUCCAUCUGAACCAGUGGAACAAAGCAGUGGAACUUGCCAAGAACCACAACAUGAAAGAAAUCAAAUCUCUUCUUGCUAAAUAUGCCACACAUCUGCUUGAUAAGAACAAGACUCUGGAGGCCGUUGAACUGUAUCGGAAAGCCCACCAUUUUCUUGACGCAGCUAAGCUCAUGUUCAAGAUAGCAGACGAGGAGGCUAAGAAAAGGACCAGACCACUGAGGGUGAAAAAGCUUUAUGUGCUGGCUGCCCUCCUCAUUGAAAACUACCACGAGCAGGUGAAAACAUCACAGCAGAGCAAAGCCAAAGGGAAGAAAUCAGAGGCAACAUUUGCACUCGCUGGGCUCCUUGAGGAAGAUGCUGCCUCAACAGACAACCGUGUUGUGGAUAACGCCUGGCGUGGAGCUGAAGCGUAUCACUUCUUCCUGCUGGCUCAGAGGCAGCUGUAUGAAGGCUACAUGGAGAACGCCAUGCGCACAGCCCUUCACCUGCGUGAUUACGAGGACAUCAUCCCAGCGGUGGAGAUCUAUUCCCUCCUGGCCAUUUGCUCCUCAGCCAGCCGGGCUUUCGGCACAUGCUCACGGGCAUUCAUCAAGUUAGAGUCCCUGGAGAGUCUGGAUGCUGAGCAGAGGCAGAUGUAUGAGGACCUGGCCCUGGAGAUCUUCACCAAACACAACCCCAAGGACAACCGUCCAGUGGAGCUGGACAGCUCACCAGAGGGGACGGAGGGGAAGUUACCCACAUGCAUCGUGACGGGUCUGCCGAUCUCUGAGUACCAGUUCUGGAUGUGCAGUGUGUGUAAACACUGCGCUCAAGAGCAGGAGAUUGGCAGAUACAACUUCUGCCCGCUGUGUCAUACCUCGCUGUCCUGAGGCGGGACAAACACUCAUCAUCAGACUCACUGAAAAACUGCACAGGCUUCCUGUUUCUCAGAGGGAAAACUACAUCUCAUGUUCCAGUUUUCAAUUUUUAAGAGCAGAGCUUCAUACAUUUUUUUUACUCGAACUGAAAAUAGCUGUACUUGUUUGCCAGUUAAUCCUAUAAGUUAUUUAAUCUAACAUGUUUUCAGUCUUGAAUAAGCAGCUGCACAACUGCUAGCAGACCAGCUGCGCAAACUUAUAUUAUGUCUGUGUUUGGUAAGCAGAAACAUUUGUUCAAAGUGCUUUAACUUUAUCCAUUGUUUUUUAUAAUGUGGCUCUAAUUCUUUCUUGGACAACAUAUUUUAAUUCUUUUUCCUUAAAUGGUGUUAGAUGGCGAUCUUUUUCUGCGAGUUCAUGAAUUUUCUGUUUGAAACUUGUUUUUGAAGUCUGAUAACUAUACAUAGAAUGUAUUUUUAUAUGGAAUACAAAUUAAUAAACUGUCACAUAAACUGCAUUUUGUGUGGAAAGAAUUUCAUUUUGGUAAUAUUUAAUGACAUGCUGAAUCCACUUUUCUUGGUGUGGGAAAUGUUGUUAUGCAAGAGGACAGAUACGGUACUUCUUAUACUUUUGCCUCUCAAACCAUUAUCACCAGCCUGACCAUUUGGAAAUUAGCAAUGAAUGUCAACACCAUCAACUGUGUUUUGUUGAGAACAUCAUUGUAACAUAACCUCUUGUCCUGGUCAGCUGCAAG